AUGGGUGAGGACAUGCCCAUUGGGCUUGGGGGGAACUUCGAGUAUCGAGGCACCAGACGAGGAAUGAAAAGUGAGGAGGUGGAGGGUACUGAUGAAAGUGGUGAGGGUAGUGACCAAGUAGAGCAUGUAGGCACGUCGAUAGCCGUACCACGAUCGAAACGAGGGGCAAAAUCGAGCAGUGAACCAGAAAUGGAGAAGGGGUGGUCAGCUAAUGGACAUCCGAGCAAUAUGACGCAGCAAAAGUUGGAAUAG